AUGGUAAAAUUAUCGGCUGAUUUGAUCGAGCAGUCUGCUCAAUAUACAAAUCCAGUGCGAGAUAGGGAGCUUGACCUACGAGGUUACAAAAUUCCUGUCAUUGAAAAUCUUGGUGCAACAUUGGAUCAGUUUGAUACAAUAGACUUUUCCGAUAAUGAGAUUCGCAAAUUGGAUGGAUUCCCAUUACUCAAACGCUUAAAGUGCCUCCUGAUGAGUAACAACAGAAUUGUACGGAUUGGAGAAAAUCUUGACUUAUCUUUACCUAAUUUGGAAAUGUUGGUUUUAACAAAUAACAACAUCCAAGAAUUAUCAGACCUUGAUAAUUUGACCUGUUUUAAAAAUCUAAAAUACAUCAGCUUAUUAAGAAAUCCUGUCACUUCUCAAAAGAACUACAGACAAUACUUAAUACACAAAGUUUCCUCCCUACGAGUUAUAGAUUUCCAGAGAGUUAAACAGAAAGAACGUUUUGAAGCAAGCAAACUUUAUAAGACAAAAAAAUCUGCUACACAGCUUGCAAAUGGUCAUGCAGCACCAGGCAAGAUAAAGAAAACAUUUGUUGCAGGUGAAAAAUUGUCCACUGCAGAGAAGAGAAAUGUAGCUGCUGCUGCUGCAUCUGUACCUAGUGUAGUUUCUGCUAAAGAAGAAAUUGAAGCUAUUAAGAAAGCUAUUGCAAGAGCAAAGACCUUGCAAGAGGUUGAGAGGUUGAACCAAAUGUUACGCUCAGGACAGAUUCCAGGAUUUGAUGCUAUAAAACAAGCUAAAAGGAUUAAUAAUGAAGAAGUUGAAGAGGAGAUGGAUAUUGAAGAACCAGUUCAGCAGGAGCUGGAGGAACAAGAAAUGGAAGGAAAAGAGUCUUUAAAAGAAAAAAGAACAGGAAAGACAACGACAAUUAGCAGUAGAAAAGGAACAUGA